AUGUCCUUCGCGCCGUGUUCCCCUGCGGCGAUCAGACUGACCAGCCUGGGAGCCGACAGCACACUGCUCAUGGCGAUCAGACAGCCGUGCCAAGAGGAGGAGGAGGAGGAGGAGGAGGAGGAGGAGGAUGGAGGAGGGGAAGAUCGAGCAGGAGGAAGAUCGAGCGCGUACCACGCUGUGCGGGAACGAAAGCAUGGCCGACCCUUCCCUUGCUCCGUGCCACUCACAACCGCCGGGGGCGAGCAUGCCGCCCAAGGGUUUGCGCUCGCCCCGGGCCCCAUCCACCGCGCGCAGAAGCGCGAGCGCGAAUCCUGUUCAGCCUUAAACGGUUCACGUAAUGGUUGA